CUCAGCCUCUCACACUGUACCACUCAGUCGCUACUCCUUCUCACUUCUCGCCAGUUUGCACCCGGAAGCUUCAGCGGACAGACACCAGAGGACAGACAUCAUCUUUCAAAGAUUGACCAUCAAUAACUACAAGUUGAAGUCACGUGAAAAGUGCUGGAGCCAAUCAGAAACAUGACGGAGAUCCGGCAGCGAUUCGAAAAUCACGAGGAAGAAAUCGCCGAUCUCGGAGAACAGGAGAAACCUGUCAACAAGGAGGAACCGGCACCAGUUGGUGAUGAGUUGAUGGUUGCCUCUGGUGAAGGGGACAUUGUUCACAACGAUGACGCACAGCCUGACUUGCAACCCGAGAACGAGCACAUCAUGACCCGCGGCGAGAACGAAGAAGAACAAAGAGAUCAUGCAGAGAUCACAUUGCAGGUAUCUAUAGCACUCCAAAGACUCGGAGAUUCAGGAAGACUUGAGGAGGUUCAACAAGAAGAUACAGAUGAGGAACAUUAUGAAGAGGAAGACAUUAAUGUCAGCGACAGUGAAGAUGAGGACGAUCUUGAGGAUGUUGUUGAUGAUGAUGAUGAUGAUGAUGAUGAUGAUGAUGAUGAUGAAGAAGAAGACGACGAAGAAGAAGACGACGAAGAAGAUGAAGAUGAUGAUGAUUACAAUGUUAAAGAUGAUGUCAAAAACAUAAUCCAUCGAUUUACGUAUUUGCUGGGAAAUGAUAUUAGAAGCUUAAUGCUAUACCUUUCUAUAUUUAACGGUUUUGAGAAGAAUACUACUACAGCACUGCACAUCAGCGCUUGGCUGGGACAUGAGACAUUGGCACUUAGAUUGUUGAAGAAAGGAAGAAAUGUUGAUGUCAAUGCUCGAGAUAUUGGAGGGCGAACUGCUCUCCACAUGGCUGCCUGGAAAGGCCACAGUGAAAUCAUUCAAAUGCUCCUGGAACACGGCGCUCACCCGUUGGUCAUCAGUCACCAAGCAGCUACUCCUUUGGCGAUCGCUCUUCAGGAGGGACACAAUGACUGCAUAAAAAUACUUGCGACAGCAUGUGGAGAAUCUAAGCUAGAGAAACUAAGCAAUUAUGGGAUAUUGUUUGAAAAGCCCCACCUAUGGUGAGAGGACCCCCAGACAUCUCCCGUUGUAUGUGUGUUCGCGUUGAGGAAUAGAAAGAAUCAUCUCGACCAAUGGCAAGCGAGCAUUCAUGACUACUGACUUUCAAUAUUAAUCGGACGACAAAUAAUGUUUGUCUUAAUUGUUAAAUUUAUCAUAUUGAUUUCAAAAUAAUUUUGAUUUGAUUUCAAAUAUAUAAGUUACACGAUACCUGAAGAUUUAUGUAACUUGAUGAAAAUCGUGUUUGUAAUAUCUAUUUACUAAAUGGUUGAUUGUUUAUUUUUGCUAGUUUAUUAAUAGUGUCUGAAAAUUUAAACGAUUUUAUGUAGAUGAAAGACGAGGGAAUAUGUUAUAUUAUGCUUUAUUUGAUUGCUUUAUUUGUUGCUUGUGUAAUUGUUUGAAGAGUUAUAAAAUGUUUUAUAGGAAAAGAAAGAAGAAAAAAUUUAUAAGUAGUAUAAGAUAAAUAGUUAAUGUGUAAUUACAUUUUACUUUUUUACAUUUUUUCGUUUAUAUUUUUUAAGACUCGUAUCUGAGGUACUCAAGAUUUUUCAGACUGAAUGAAACUGAUAGUUCAAACUAUAAUAAUAAGGACCCGAUUGCACAAACAUUUAUAGAGUUUAACGGUGAUAAAAUGCUGAUUGAUGAUGACCUCUCUCGUUGGUUCUAGUGACAUCAUCUAAUCAUGGCUGAAAUCAAAAAAUAGUUUCGUGCAACCAGGAAUAAGUCUAAUUAACUAAAGAUGAGUCAUUAAUCCAAGACAUGAGUUCAUGAUAAAUAGUUAUAGUUUAUAUACUGUAGAUGAAUAUUUAUAGAAUGGACUGGAAAAGCAAGAGGGGAGAGAAAAGAGACAAAACUUGCAAAAUGAUAAAUAAAUUUGUAGAGUAAGCGUGAAUGUUUUGUCGGUUCAACGUUCCUUUUUACUUGAAUUUAUUGGAGGGAUAAAUAUUAUGUGAAUCAGUUUUUUGGAUUUUCUAUAACUACAAUUAAUAAGAUGUGUUCAAUUUUAUAAAUAAUUAAAGAUUUGUAUUUCUUAA